UCCGCUCUUGCGCAUUACCCGUCACACCGAAAACAUGGCGCUGGCUAAGUCCGUCUACAAUCUUCUGUUCAGGAGGACGUCAACUUUUGCUAUAACCAUCAUGGUUGGAGCAGUCUUCUUUGAACGGGUAUUUGACCAAGCCGGCGAUACGAUCUUUGAGCAGAUGAAUCGCGGGAAACUAUGGAAGCACAUCAAACACAACUACGAGCAGAAAGAAGAGGAAUAGGACUGCAGCUGAAUGCCAGCUUUGUCGUACUUCCCUUCCCCAUCCUUGGCUUCAACAUCCUAAUCAACAGCUACCAACAUGGACAGUUUGCUCAAAGUCCUGCAUCAGAACAUCUGUGCUGGGACUGACUGUCCGGGACACAUGAACAUGAAGAUGGAGCACAUUAACCUGUCGGCUCUUCCACAUCAUUGCUGAUAUUUGUGAUGCCCUUGUUGUCCCUACAGAUUGUAAAAUGUUAAAUUAAACUUGUUAAUGU